CUCUCUCUCUCUCUCUCUCUCUCGUCCCGCGUGGCUCCUCUGUGAAUCUGUUCCUGUGACCUGAUCCCUUUCAAGACAUUUGAAGAGUUGAAGGUUUCUUCGAUCAACUCUCUCUGCGAGCCUUUGUGUCUCUAGUUCGUGUCUCUCUUGCUUCGGCUUCUGUGAAAAUUUUAGAGGGCUUUAGGAUCUUUGGAUUUUACGCUUUUGAUUCUCUGAAAUCUUGGGAUGGCUCAAGCUGUCGAAGAAUGGUAUAAGCAGAUGCCCAUCAUAACUCGUUCGUAUCUCACAGCCGCUAUAGUCACUACCGUCGGAUGCUCACUGGAGAUAAUUUCCCCGUAUCAUUUGUACUUGAACCCAAAACUCGUCGUUAAGCAGUAUGAGUUCUGGCGUCUCAUUACGAAUUUCUUUUACUUCCGGAAAAUGGAUUUGGACUUCUUGUUUCACAUGUUCUUCCUUGCUCGAUACUGCAAGCUUCUCGAAGAGAAUUCCUUCAGGGGAAGAACUGCAGAUUUCUUUUACAUGCUCUUAUUUGGUGCAACUGUUUUAACCACAAUAGUUCUUGUUGGUGGGAUGAUACCUUAUGUGUCAGAAUCUUUUGCAAAAAUCAUCUUCCUAAGCAAUUCAUUGACAUUCAUGAUGGUUUAUGUAUGGAGCAAGCAAAAUCCCUUCAUUCAUAUGAGUUUCUUGGGUCUCUUUACUUUCACAGCAGCUUACCUACCAUGGGUUCUUCUGGGGUUUUCUGUCCUUGUUGGUACCAGUGCUUGGGUGGAUUUACUGGGAAUGAUAGCAGGUCAUGCCUAUUACUUCCUUGAAGAUGUCUACCCACGGAUGACAGGUCGUCGACCUCUAAGGACUCCUGCAUUUAUCAAGUCACUGUUUGCUGAUGAUACUGUUGUGGUAACCCGGCCUGCAAAUGUUAGGUUUGCUGCUCCUCCAGCACAAGAUAUUCACCAAGAUUAGAAAAACAUCUUUGGGGGUAUGGACAUUGUUGAUAUCUUUCCCUGGAAAUUGUUGGAGGGCUACACAUGAUCUAAGCAAUGGCCUUUUAUAAUUUGAUAGAUGCAAUCUGAUCAAGUGCAAGGCAUGGUGAUGAUUUAGCUUUAGUGGUUGAUGUCUGAACAAGAAAUGACAAUGUUGAUGAUUGGGGAUUUAAUUAUAGAUCAUUGGUGCUCCUAAUUCAGGCAGAUGUUACAUAGUGUCUGAGUUGAGUCUUUAAACUGGAUGUUCUGCAAAUAUGCAUCCAUUUCCAUUGUGUAUAUUAUAUAAUAUAGCUUGAGGACAAUGUUCCCUUUGAAUUUUUCUUGUAAUCUCAAUUUUAUUUGUUCUGACAAAUUUCUUUGACAGUCAA